AUGCUCUUCAUGCUGGAGGAGGGUCAAGAUGCAAGCAUCUACGAGAGACAGCCUCUGGUGGAGAUGCUCUCUGAGGAGAACCACGUGCUGCGGCAGGAGCUGGAGGGGUACUACGAGAAGGCGGACAAGCUGCAGAAGUUUGAAAUAGAGAUUCAGAGGAUUUCAGAAGCGUAUGAGGGCCUGGUCAAGACCACUACUAAGAGGGAGUCUCUGGACAAAGCGAUGAGAAACAAACUCGAAGGAGAAAUUAGGAGACUUCAUGACUUCAACAGGGAUCUCCGUGAACGACUGGAGACGGCCAAUAGGCAGCUAGCCAGCAGAGACUUCGACGGGCAUGAGGAUAAGGCAACAGAAGGCCUUUAUGUCACUCAGAACAAAGAGCACUUGAAGGAGAAGGAGAAGUUGGAGAUGGAGCUGGCAGCCAUGCGCUCUGCCAACGAGGACCAGCGGAGGCACAUCGAAAUCCUCGACCAGGCCCUAAACAACGCUCAAGCCAAGGUCAUCAAACUGGAAGAGGAGCUGCGCAGGAAGCAGGCCUACGUGGAGAAGGUGGAGAAGCUGCAGCAGGCGCUGACGCAGCUGCAGGCGGCCUGCGAGAAGAGGGAGCAGAUGGAGCGGCGGCUGCGCACGCGCCUGGAGCGGGAGCUGGACUCACUGCGGAUGCAGCAGAGGCAGGGCAGCUACCAGACGAGCAGCCUCCCGGAGCACAACGCCCCGGCCCUGAUGGAGCUGGUGCGGGAGAAGGAGGAGAGGAUCCUGGCCCUGGAAGCUGACAUGACCAAGUGGGAGCAGAAGUACCUGGAGGAGAGUACGAUCAGGCACUUUGCCAUGAAUGCCGUGGCCACAGCUGCAACGGAGAGGGACGCCUCGGCCCCGAGCCACUCACGCAAGAGCACACUGGAGAUGCGGGGCUGGCAGGAGGAGGAGGAGAUCAUGCAAGCCAACCGGCGCUGCCAGGACAUGGAGUACACAAUAAAGAAUCUCCAUGCAAAAAUAAUUGAGAAGGAUGCCAUGAUCAAGGUCCUUCAGCAACGGUCACGGAAGGACCUUGGGAAAGCCGACAGCAGCAGCCUGCGACCGGCUCGGUCCGUCCCCUCCAUCGCCGCUGCAACAGGCACGCAUUCGCGCCAGACCUCGCUCACCAGCAACCAGAUAGCUGAGGAGAAGAAGGAAGAGAAGAUCUGGAAGGGAAGCAUAGGGCUACUUUUGGGGAAGGAGCACCACGACCACCCAUCGAGCUCCUCGCUGCCUCCUCCACUGCCCUCCUUGUCGUGCAUGCCCGUCCCGGUGCCGGCGGCCUCCCACGCGAAAACGGGCAGCAAAGACAGCAGCACCCAGACAGACAAAAGCACCGAGCUCUUCUGGCCCGCAGCCGCCUCCUUCCCCGGCCGCGGCCGCCUGGGUACCACCCCGUCGCACAGCCCGGCCCCGCGGCCCCCGGGGACACGAGUGACCGGCGAGAAACCGGAGAACUCAAGCCACGGGAAGCUGCCUGAAAGCAAAGGCAGAGUGAGCAGCUUGCUCCACAAGCCGGAGUUUCCAGAUACGGACAUGAUGGAAGUCCUCAUCUGAGCAGAGGACGGCAUCUCUGGGGUUU